UUAAUUCUACAGCUCGCCCGGGGGCCAGUGGAGGCUGCGAGGCACAGGGCACAGGCAGCAGGCUAGGAGACCCCAGCAUCACGGACCUCCGUCCUUCAACUCUCAGGACGCGGAAGCUGAGGGGGCGGGACCCCGCCUGGGAUUGGCUGUUGCCGGCCGACCCCCUUCCCUGCGGCCCAUUCGCGCUCCCCCGAAGGCGCCUGCGCAAUGGGCCGGCCGUGGGGGGCGGGAAGCGCCUGGGGGCAGUGGAGCCCAUGUCGGCCUUGAGGCGCUCCGGCUACGGCCCCAGCGACGGUCCGUCUUACGGCCGCUACUACGGGCCUGGGGGUGGAGAUGUGCCCGUGCACCCACCUCCGCCCAUAUAUCCUCCCCGCCCGGAACCUCCCCAGCCCCCCAUCUCCUGGCGGGUGCGCGGGGGCGGCCCGGCUGAGACCACCUGGCCGGGAGAAGGCGGAGGAGGCGAUGGCUACUACUCCCCCUCUGCAGGCGCCUGGUCAGAGCCGGGCCGGGCUGGAGGAGGCCACCAGGAGCAGCCACCAUAUUCUAGCUACAAUUCUAACUAUUGGAAUUCUCCUGCCCGACCUCGGGCUCCUUACCCAAGUACAUAUCCCGUAAGACCGGAAAUGCAAGGCCAGAGUUUGAAUUCUUACACAAACGGAGCGUACGGCCCACCGUAUCCCAGUGGCCCCGGGACAAGUACUGCCUCCUACCCGGGGGCUUAUUACACCCCUGGGUAUGCUCAGACCACCUACUCCACAGAGGUUCCGAGCACUUACCGCUCACCGGGCAACAGCCCAGCCCCAGUCUCUCGUUGGAUGUACCCCCAGCAGGACUGCCAGACUGAAGCUCCCCCUCUUAGGGGGCAGGUUCCAGGAUAUCCUGCUUCACAGAGCCCUGGAAUGAGCGUGCCCCAUUAUCCUUACGGGGAAGGUAACCGUAGUGUUCCACAAGCAGGACCAGCCGUGCGACCCCAAGAGGACUCAUGGGCUCCUCCCGCUGCAUACGGAAUGGGAACCCGUUACCCCUGGCCUGCAGCUGCACCCUCAGCACCACCUGGGAGCCUCUACAUGAGCGAAGGCACUUCAUCGUGGCCUAGCGGUGGCUCUCCUCAGCCACCUCCUUCACCACCGCCCCUACAGCCCAAGGAUUCCUCAUACCCCUAUAGCCAGUCCGAUCAAGGCAUGAACCGGCACAACUUUCCUUGCAGUGUCCAUCCGUACGAGUCCUCGGGAACAGUGAACAGUGAUAAUUCAGAGCUCUUGGAUUCCCAAGUCCAGUAUAGUGCUGAGCCUCAGCUGUACGGUAACGCCACCAGUGACCAUCCCAGCAGUCAAGAUCAGAGUAAUAGUCUUCCUGAAGAGUGUUUAUCUUCAGAUGAAGGGACUCCCCCAAGCAUUAAAAAAAUCAUACAUGUGCUGGAGAAGGUCCAGUAUCUUGAGCAAGAAGUAGAAGAGUUCGUAGGGAAAAAGACAGACAAAGCAUACUGGCUUCUGGAAGAAAUGCUAACCAAGGAGCUUUUGGAACUGGAUUCAGUUGAAACUGGGGGCCAGGACUCUGUCCGGCAGGCCAGGAAAGAGGCUGUUUGUAAAAUCCAGGCCAUACUGGAAAAAUUGGAAAAAAAAGGAUUAUGAAGGGAUUUAGAACAAAGGGGAAGCCUGUUACUAACUUGACCAAAGAACUCGAUUUUGGUUAAUAGCCCUCUUUUGAAAUGCCUGUUGACAACAAGAAGCAAUACAUUCCAACUUUCCUUUGAUAUAAAUCUUGAAAAACUGGUAAAGGACUUGGAAGAACUAUUGGGUUAUGAGUAGUUUUCAGUUUUCAGACCAGUGAAUGUAAUAGGAAGCUGUGGAGUUAUCAAUAUUGCCAAGUGGACCCACCCCUUAAGAAAUGUAUGGGUAUCUGCAGGCUGCUUCUUAUCAGCAGGCGGGAAAUCCACCUUGUGUAACAGGCUUUUCAGAAACCUACUGGAUAAGACUGGAUGUUCUCUGAGACAAACAGGCUCUGUUUUUUAAACAUCUGGAUUACUUUUCACAUUUUUGUACAUUGUGACUGCUACCACCAGACACUUUGUGUGUAAAUUACAGCUUGGACUUUAGCCUUCUUGGACCUCUGUUUUGUUUUGUUAUUUGCAGUUCACAAAUAUAGUAUUAUUCUCUACUUGGUACAUUUUGUAGUAAUAUGUUUAAUGUAAUUACUCAAGAGACUAUAUUGACAGCCAGAAAGUACUCUGGAUGGAUUUGUAUCUUUUCACCACUUGAAUAUAUUGCACUGUGUAGUGAGUUCCCGAGGUAGAUUGUCUCCUUUUUUGUAUAGAUCAUUAACUUAGAGUUUUACCACUUCUAUUCUUCAUGUUAGUGUUGGAAGGUUAAUUUGGAAAUGGCGUGAGUACAGGGAGGAAAACAUGGCCAUUUUCUUUUUUGCUUUCUAAUUGUAUUGGGAUGAAGAUCCACUUUAAAAUUUUCUUUUUUCCCCCUUAAUUAUCUUUUUACUACAGCUGCUUCCAUACAGAGCAAUGUGAUGAACACA